AUGAAGAAGUUCAAGCGCAGUGCACAAUCGCAACCAAAGCAUGGCAAGCCGCAGUCAAGCGGUGCAUCCAAAGCGCCAGUUGCACCACCAGUCCGCCGUCCGGGAUGGACUGGACCAAGCUAUUUACACAAACCCGCCAAAAAGACGCCUACACCUGUAAAGGAUACUACUAGCUCAACUGAACAGAUCCAGAGUCUAUCUGUUAAGCAUCAACAACUCAUUCUUGACACAAUCAGAACGACAUUUCCUGCCGUCGAUGAGUUCAGUGCAUUGAAACCAGUGUUGCGCGAGAUCAGGGAAGCUCUUGAGCAAAAGGACUACAGCAAAGCUUUCGGGAGCCAAGAGUUCUUGGAGGCUUAUACGAUCCGUUGGAGCCCUAGUAGAGCUCUGACGAUGGGAAAUGUGUUGGCGUGGAUUUGCAGUGAGAUGAGCGAGACUGCAUGGGCCCAACAAUUCCUUCACAAUGAGCAGAAGCCUUCCAAGAUCGUGUGCUUUGGACGAGGAGGAUCCGACUUGUUAGCGUGCGUGGCAUUGUUAAAACACUCUCAUGAAAACAAGCUCGACGAAAUUCCCCGGUCAGAGUCAUCUUCUACUGAUAACGACGACAGUGCUAUGGUUGAUGUCAACCUCAUCGAUAGGCACGAUUGGUCAGGCAUUGUCACAAAACUACAACAUACUCUCACACAUCCUCCUCCCCUUUCCAAAUAUGCAACAGCCAAGGCGCGCGCUUCAAACAUUUCUGCCAUCCCAUCUCAAGUCUUAGAUUUAUCAGUCAACUGCCUCAACAUCCUCGAAAGCGACAGCACAACUCUACGCACGACGAUUGGGCCCAACCCGGCACUAAUCACUCUCUUCUUCACACUCCACGAAUUUUACUCGAUCUCAAUAUCCAAAACUACAGCUUUCUUGAUGAGAGUGACUGAGAUAGCGCCUAAAGGGAGUCUAUUGCUUAUUGUAGAUAGCCCCGGGGCUGAUGUCGUGCUGCCUGGUAGCAGUGAAAAGGGAGAGGAAAAGAAAUACCCACUUGAGUGGCUUCUUUACCAAGCUCUCCUACCGCCCAAGAGCAUAAGUUCAGAAGAGGAGAAACAACCGGCUUGGACGAAACUUAUUGAAAGUGGCCAUGAGAAGGAGUAUAAGUUGCCGGCAGGUCUGAGAUUUCCGGGAAGUCUAGAGAAUACCAGGUUCCAGGUGCACCUAUUAGAGCGUUUAUAG